CCGCCGGGUCUGCGCAGGCAUGGGCCCCGGGAUGGCGGGGACCCCGUCGGCCGGUGCUGCUCGCUUCUCUUGCCCCCCCAACUUUACAGAGAUGCCUCCAGCCUCAGAGUCCACUCGUUUCUCCUUGGAAGUGUUGACGGGCCCGGAUACGGAGCUCUGGCUUAUCCAGGCCCCCGUAGACUUCGCCCCAGACUGCCUCAAUGGCCGACUGGUGCCUCUUUCUGGCUCCCAGAUCGUGAAGGGCAAGUUGGAAGGCAAGCGGCACCGCUAUCGGGUCCUCAGCAGCAGUGGCCCCCGGGAUGGAGAAGCAACGCUGCUGGCCCCCUCAGCAGAGGCAGAAGGGGGACUCACCUGUGCCCCAGCCGCCCAGGGCAACCUAAGGAUCUUUGAGGGUCCCCAAGACUCCCGAUCUGGGACUGCCCUGCAGCCCAUCCCAGCCAGCCCUGCACCACAGAUUCCCCCUGGCCUGAGGCCCCGAUUCUGUGCCUUUGGAGGUAGCCCACCAGUCACAGGGCCUGGAUCAGCCUUGGCCCUGAAGUCGCUGUCCUCGAGGAAGAAGAAAAAGAAGAGGCACACGCCAGAGGCCUCAGUUCCUCAGGAGACAGUGAAUGGACAUGGGGACCCAGAGGUAGAUAUGGCUUUGGGGUCCUUGGAGAGAAAUGUGGGAAAGAAGAAGAAAAAGCAACAGCUGAAUGAACUGGAAGUGGUGGAGCCAGUGGCAACAGAGCCUGCAUCUGAGAUGCUGGAGCCGGUGGGGGUCCUGUGCCCAUCCACCACCAAGAAGAGGAAAAAGAAACCCAAAGAGGCAGAAAUGGGGAUGCUGGAGCGAGAAGAAAAGGCAGAGCUGGAACUUGUGGUUAAAACAGAGCCUCUGGAAGAGACACUCCUCUCCCCACGCAAGAAGAAGAAGAAGCAGAAGAGGACAGAAGGGGCAAAGCCAGAGGAGGGGGCGGGCAUUGAGGCUCAGCUGCAGGUGGAGGUGAAGCCAGAGGAGGAAACCCUUCCAGUGCCAUCCUCCAAGAAGAAGAAGAAAGAAAAGGGGCACAACGUGAUGAUGGGGCCCAGGACUGAGACUCCGGAGCCGGAGAUUCAGCCUCUGGAGCUCCAUGGGGAGAUGAUGGCGCCUGACCUGCCGCUUGGGGUUGAGCCUCAGGCUGGGGCAACACCAGCAUCGGCGAAGAAGAGGAAGAAGAAAGAAAAAUGGCAAGACGCAACGACACAGUCCGGGGCAGAGGAGGUAGCAUCACAAGCAGUGGGGGCGCCAGAUGGCCUGGAGCCUCACAUGGCGCUAGCAUCCCCCAAAAAGAAGAAGAAAGACAGAGGACACAAAGUGACAGAGCCAGGGACUGAGAUGACUAACUCCCCAGGGGAGAUGGUGGCGCUUGAGCUGCCAGGUAAGGGUGAAGCUAAAGCCAGCGUACAUCCGGCAUCCACCAAGAGGAAGAAGCAGCGGGGCCAGGAAAGCGGGGUGUCAGAGGCAGUACCCCAGGGGGACACACCAGAGCCACUGCUGGAUCUGGAGCCUGGGGAAAUGGUUCCCACAGGACGGGAGAAAAAGCGGAAAAAGAAGCUGCAGCCGAAUCCUAUGUUGCUGCCUCUGGAGACCCCAUGAUGCAACUAAGAAAAGCUGCAGGUGCGCGCACACACCCAGCCAUCAGAAGGCGAGCACCCCCUCGGGUGACUGUGCCAGCACAGCAGCCAGAGCCUGGGCCUGGAAAGCGCUUUAUUCCAUGAGGGUGUCCUGGCAGCGGGGUCAUCUGGGAGCUUUCAGGAAGGGCUCGUGUAGGACAUCGAACAGCCGCCGGGCCUGGGGGAGGGGAGAAACCUGACAUUAAAUGACCACUUGUGUGCCAGGUCUGGAGUGCACGUUUCCUUCUCCGGGUUUGGAGGGGCACCAGGAACUGAGAAGUAGCCUAAUCUGGACCCCGCCCCACACUGGCUUGAGGUCGAGCUGGUCCCCGCCCUCUCUGGGCCUCAGUUUUCCCCAUUGGUAAGGAAGACAUGCAGACUUUCUAGAGCUGUAGAGCUUUGGGACCUGUGGUUCCAUUGAUGGACUCAUGCCUCAAGUCCAUUCCCAGAGCUCUUACCUUCUGGGGCCCCAGGCCAGGACACAAGGCCAGAUCUUCCCUCGAUGCCGCGAUGAGCUGUUCCAGAGACUGAGAAAGGGAGGGAGGGUCAGCACAGGUGAGCAGGAAACAGCCCACCCAGCUGAUCGGGGUCUGCGCCAUCAGAGGUGAGGCCAGGUGGGGGGCCAGGAGAAGCAGGAAGGGUGGGAGGAGGCAUGGAGGUGGGAGGAAAUGGGUGGAGGGCUUCCUAGAAAAGGCAAGGGGGCAGAAAUGCUUGAUCAGGAAUAGGGAGGGGGGGUGUUCCUUACCCCAAAAGUGGUCAGGAGGGUCUGACUGUCCGUCUUGUUGACCGACUUCACCGUGGUGAGACACUCACUCACCUGGAGUGGGGAGGAGGCAGAGGUGUUCGAUGAGGACCUUUGUUUUUUUGACUAGAAGGUCACCUCAGAGUGACCCCCAACUAGCCAGGUGGUGUGGGUCACGUGGUGAGAAGACAAAUACCUUCCAUCUUGAGCAGGUUCUGCCCAGAGGAAGACUAGGCCCUGGCUCAGAUACACUGCUUGCUCCCGGUGCAUCUCUGGUCAGUGGCCUCACUACCCGGGACCUCUGCUUCAGGCACUUGGAGAAUAUGUUCUAAGACCCUCCCUCAGCAGAUCACCCCAUGGAUACUCUUCCUGUGUGUCAACUGUGAUGAAGGUUUAUAAAUUCAUAAAGUAGGCACAGCCUGCGAAUGUGCUCAUUCGCUCAAACCAUCUUUUUUCUUGCAGCAUUUUUGGACCUUGGGUAACUGGAGGCACAGAAGGUGAGCCCGUUAGGGGGGACUACUGUAUCCACCUCAGGGUGGCUGUGGGCACUGCCAGCACAGUGGGUGACCGUAAAUCUCUGAAUGACACCAAGUGGCCUGGGGAUUGGCCGGCUCCGUUCAGAUCCCAGUGCUGCUAGAUCCCAGUUGAAGGGCGGUGGGCAAGCCCUUCCUUCCCCAUCUCAUGGGAGUUAUCAGAAUUGGGGGAGCAGGGGAUAAUGUGAACUAGGUUGUUGAGCUGAUGUACCCAGCAGGGAGUUAGUUUCACACUUGGGAGCUGCUGACACAAGGCCUUGACUGUCCAGCAGGCCCAGCUAUGUGACCUGACCUUAGAAGCCCCAGGAAAUGCAUCAAAGGCAGGGGCCAUUGCUCUCCUGGGACCCCAGAGUACACCAUUCAGUCAGCAGCUGCUCCCUGAGCACCCACUGAGUGAUGGGUGGGGCUGGGGACCAGCAGAGACAGAGGCUGCCCCAGCCCUGCCUCCGGGGGCACCCAGUCCAGCGGGAGAGACAAGUCUCCUGGAGUGGGGGAGCCCAGUAGGGGCACUUGACCCAGCCUGGGGGUCAAAAAGAACUCCCAGGUUGAGAGCAUCAGAGCUGAGAUGUGAAAGAUGGGGUUCCAGGAGAGGGAGCAGAACACACAGCAGGAGGGGGCUGGGCCUGCAAGGAGCAACAGUGCAAGGGCAGGGUGGGAUGCAAUUGGGCAGCAUGUGGUGAGAGGACAGGGCUCCCCCUGAGGACGCUAAGAGCCCUGGGAAGACUUGGAGCUGGAGAGCAGGAGCAGCUUUGCUUAGGAAGACCCCCUGCUGCCCUGUGGGUGGAAGAGGGGAGACAGGAAGCUGAGGGUGGGCUGGGGUAUGACCUGAGAUCAGAACUGACUCAAGCCCCCCCAGGAAGGAAGUGGGGAGCAGCACGGACAGCGAGACGAGGUGGCUCACCCGGGAGACGAAGUCCUGUUCCA